CCCCUGGCUCACUCAGUCGUUCGGCCGUUCGCGUCGAGUACGGUCGUGUCGGGUUGAGAGACGCUGCCUUGGCGCGUAGUCAUCGACGCACGCAAUUUUUGAAAUAAACUCGGACUCGUUUUUGUGUUCACGUGUAACAUCGUCCCAAAGGGUACAACGGCUCCCGCUAACUGGAUCCGCUCUGGUUUUUUUUAUUGUUUUUCGCCGGCAAGUGCAAAAUGUGAUGUUAUGUGCUCAACGAGCGUUCCGUCCUGUGUUACGUUACUGCAAAGUGAACUCAAUGGAUGUAAUGUGGUUUUAAAUUGGAAACGUUAAUCUCCUUUGGUGACUCAAAGACGCGAACUGUAAAAAAGAUACUUUAGGAAUGACAGUCUAUUUCCCGAUGAUACGUUCCUGAUCUUUACAAAUUAACAGUCUAUGUUACAUGAGACUUAGAGCUGAUGGCUUCAUGAGAACGUCUAUGCUGACAAACUACAUUCGAAUAAAAAGGAUUUCAACAUGUUAACGGGCGCAGUGAGAGGCUCGCACGGUUCCUGCUCGCAAAGCACAGCCUUUAGAAUAUCGACGAUGGCACCACUGCGCUUAGUACGACAAAUCGCUCAGCUCGUCACAUCAAAUUCAUGCAUGGUGGUGUUAGUAUCGCUAGUGCUGCUGUCAUGGCGCAGCGGGGCGACAGCGCUCGCCAACUGCCCCGCCGGCUGCAGCUGCAACGACGACACUCUAGUGGUGGUCUGCGAGGAGAGCCGGCUGGAUGUCCUGCCUAUUGCCCUGAACCCCUCCAUACAGCGGCUCAUCAUCCGCAACAACAAGAUCAAAACGAUCGACAGCUCCAUGCAGUUCUACGCGGAGCUGCAACACCUCGACCUCUCGCACAACCAUCUCGUCAACAUCCCCACAAAUAGCUUUGCCUACCAGCGCAAGCUCCAGGAGUUGCAUUUGAACAACAAUAAAAUUUCAUCUAUCACCAACACCACCUUCCGAGGGCUCAACUCUUUGACAGUUCUUAAUGUAAAAAGAAACUACUUGGAGGAGCUCAAUAACGGAGUGUUCACGACGCUGCCGAGAUUAGAAGAACUAAACUUAGGCCAGAAUAGUAUAUCUAGAAUAGAGCCGAGAGCGUUCGCCGGAUUGACCGCCUUGAGGAUACUCUACUUGGACGACAAUCAGCUGAGUUCGGUGCCGACGCCCUCCUUCAGCCUGCUGGGCAGUCUCGCCGAGCUGCACGUCGGCUUGAACGCGUUCUCCUCCCUACCCGAUGACGCUUUUGCCGGUCUCAACAGAUUAACGGUACUAGAUUUGAACGGAGCUGGACUCUCAAAUAUUAGUGAGAACGCGUUCAGAGGUCUACCGGGAUUAAGAAGCCUUAAUCUCCUAGGGAAUAGAUUGAAUGUGGUGCCCACGCAGCAGUUGUGCGGUCUCACGAGAUUGGAAGAAUUAUACAUAGGACAGAACGAUUUCGUAGAAUUAGAAAGCCAUUCAUUUAAAGGUCUCAAGAACUUGAAACUUUUGGACAUAACCGGCGCUACACUACUGGAACGCGUUCAAAAAGGCGCCUUCGAAGAUAAUGUAAAUUUGGAAACCGUCAUAAUAGCCAAUAACAAGAAAUUAUCGGUUAUCGACGAUUGUACACUAUUAGGUUUGCCGAAGCUUAAGCACGUUUCUUUAAGAGACAAUGCUAUAGUAACGCUAAGUGAAACCGUAUUUAUAGGUAAAGAAUUAAGACAACUAGACUUGAAUGAUAAUCCCAUAGUGUGCGACUGCCACAUGCGAUGGCUACAAGAGCUUUUAAACGACAAGAGUAACUUCACCCAAAUCCAGUGCGCGAGCCCCGAUAACUUGAAGGACAAAUACUUGAAGACGUUAAACGCCGAAGACUUGGGCUGCAUCGUGCAUGAUACCCGGCAACAGACCAUCAUCUGUGUGGUCGUUGUGGCCUGCGUCGCGACCAUCGCGACCCUUGUCCUCAUAAUGUACCGAUACCGGAAGAGCAUGCAAGAGAAACUGAAGGAUUACAAAUGGAGCAAGGGGCGCAAAAACCUCGAAUAUCACAAGCCGAUAUCGACUGAGGAGGACUGUAUACUAGAGCUUUACGCCUCCCCGAGCGUGUUCUUUAUGUCUGGCGGCCAGGGCUCCGCGCGCCGGCCGCCGCGCUCGGGGGGCGGCGGCACUAUGCCCGCCAAUGGGUUCACCUACAUCGGCGGCGACGGCCGCGCACACACGCCGCACCAGCCCAUGACGCUCAACAAUGGCGCGCCGGCACACCAUCUCAACAACGGCUCCCUCCGCUCCUUGCCGGAUAAGAAGAACAACCGCAACGGUGUCGUCUGCCAUCCGGAGAACUUUCAGCGGAACCUCGACACCCGCUACUCCAGGAAGCAGGAGAACGGGUACCUGCGCAACUCUGAGACCAUCAUCGGGUUCCCGCGGGACCGCGACAGAGAGCGAGAGCGGGAGUACGAGCGAGAGGUGCCCGAUUACAGCGAGCCGGAGUAUUCCGUCAUCUCGGAAGGCUACGGGCGCGCAGGAGAGUACGCGCGCGCCUGCACACACUCCAACACCUUUAACUGCUGAGUGCGCGUACAGAACUUUUUUAACCGUUUGUGAUCUUGUAAUUCUAGCAAUAAAUCUUCAUUCCAUUAUGUUUUUCUAUGGAUGAACUAAGUCGUGAUGGGACGUAGAGCUCUAGAGCGGUUAGUGACUAGUGUGACGGGUCCGGUGUACGUAUGACCAGUGAGGACUAUCCUGAAUCGUAUUUGAUUUUAAUAAGAGAGUACCUUAUUUGUAAAUUAUAAUUAAGUAGGGAGGGAUCUAUUUUUCAAUGAAAUGUAAGGGGAGCGAGAAGGCGUUUGAAAGUUUGACUUUCACAGGAGACGAAAUGGUUCGGGUAAGAAGCAGGGCGUGUGCAGGUCUGUCACUAUGCGCUUGCCUCGUACGGGGACCUCUACCUCGUGCGACGCGCCCGCAGCGGCUGUGCUCUGCCGACCCUACCGAGAUCGUACAAUGUACAGGCUAGUCGAUAUAAGCAUAGAUAAAGGAGGUUGUGGCAGUAAGUAAGCACCUCCCCUAUUUUUUUUUCUUCGUCUUUUAAUCAUGUGAUCUUAGAUUUUGUUUUUUCCCCACAAUGGUGGAUUUAUUGUAUUUGAUUUUGUACAAAACCAUUCCAUAAGAAAAACCUAUUAAUGUAACGUUUUAUUUAUAGUUGACUUGAUAAGCAUUAAAUAAGACACCAAUAUAAAAAGUAUAUUAGAAAUUAACGAAUGUAAAUAUAUUUAUAUUGAGAUAUUUAUAAAAUUUAAUACGAUCUUGUUCUUCUAAAGUAAUCGUAAAAUACUUUUUUCCAAUAUUGUAUUGUUUGCUAUUCGGACUGACAAACUUAUAAGAUGUCGCGACUCUGUUACCAUCUAUUGUUAUUGUCCACACUAAGCCGACUGUGAGUUUCCACUGCGAAACAUGUUGUUAUCUCAUUUAUUCCUGAGAGAAUGAGAGAGAAGUCAGACAUGUAUGAAACAUUGGGCAGUGGCAACCCCGGUCAUAUUGAUUAGCUAUGAACUUAGCACCACUUUGCAAUCUUGUCACGUCUCGAUCACUUCGUAAUGCUCAAUAUUAAUAUAGAGUAUUUUUUUAAACUUUCACUUGUCAACACUUAUUAACCUUUGUCAUUUAAUCCUUAGAGUGUAAUGGUGUACUGCUAGGGGAAAGCCUUUAUUAAAGUAUUGCCAGAUGUAAAAAAUAUUUAAAAUCAUAGAUACAUACAGAAUAAAAUAAAUAUAUUUUAAUUUUGCCAAUUAGAUACCAGUACUGUCGAAUUAAACAAAUUAGGACUUUGUAUACACUAGUAAUAUAAUGUAUAUUUGUUUGAUAGUAGGUUAACUCUAGUAGUAUUUUACACUCUGUUAUUGACCUCAUGAACGCAUUGUUAAUUCUACUUAAUAAAUUGUAAGUUCAUGCAUUAAGCACAAUUUUAUAUUUAAUUUUUAAAUGUAUUGU